AUGGUCAGGUUACCCUCAUCCCGAUGUAACGAAUACUGUGAAGUAAGAAUUGCAAUUCAAAAGAAAGAAUCAAAAUUUAAAGUGAUACGAAGUACCGUUCCUGCCCGAACGACAGAAGUAAGAAAUUGCUAUUGGCAAUUCAAGAAAGAAUCAAAAUGUAAAGUAAUUCGAAAAACAUUAAGAAUGUGGAAUUCAUUUACUUUAAUAUCUCCUGCCUGGUAUAAUGUGGCUUCAUUUGAGGGUGGCUGUCUUCUUAGCAUGUUCUGCUUAUCAGUUUUAAUAGCAUGGAGAGUUUAUAGAAAAGUUCAGAAUAAUGAGUUACCAGCAAGAGAUGUCAGCAAAGGCCAUCAUUGGUGCCCCAUCGACGCUUUUUCCAACACCGCGUAUUGCAGUGUUUGCCAAUCACUCAUAGUAGAAGGCUACUAUUGUGAUUCAUGUGGUGUUUGUGCAGAUCACGUUUGUAUCAAAAAGGCUGAUAAAACAUUAAGCUGCAAGGCAUUGUCCUGUGCUGGGAACUCUAUGAGCCAUCAUUGGGUUAAAGGAAAUCUUCCGUACAUAUGUCCUUGCGACGUAUGCCAAGCUGAUUGUGGUACAGAAGCCGUGUUAUCCGAUUUCAGAUGUUGCUGGUGCCAGCGAACUGUCCACAGAAAUUGUUUGAACAACAUCACCGACAAUUGUGACUUUGGUCGUUAUCGCUCUUUCAUUGUGCCACCAUUUUGUAUUACACUGAAGAAAGUCGGCAUCAAAGGUCGCCGACAUCUUGUGGUUGAUGAAGUUAACCCUCCUCCAUACAGGCCUUGGAGUCCUCUGAUUGUGAUCGGAAAUCGAAAGAGUGGCAACAAUGAAGGCGAAUUAGUGCUCAGAGCAUUUAGAGCUUAUCUCAACCCAUCUCAGGUUAUUGAUCUGCAUGAACUGAAGCCAGAAAAAGGAUUGCAGUGGUGCAAAUUAAUAACAAAUCAUGUCUGUCGCAUCCUUGUUGCUGGAGGUGAUGGUACUGUUGGUUGGGUGUUAAAUGCCAUUGAUAAUUUGAACAUUGAGCCUCAACCUCAAAUUUGCAUCCUGCCUUUAGGGACUGGUAAUGAUUUGUCCCGUGUCCUUGGUUGGGGAUAUUGUUUCUCUGGUGAGGUUGAAGUCAGAAAAGUUUUAGAUCAGAUUUCUACUGCCACUUUAGCUAGGCUUGAUAGGUGGAGAAUAAAAAUUUCCCCUACAAGACAUUUACCAAUAAGACAUCCAACAAAAGAGUAUUUUAUGAAUAAUUAUGCAUCAGUUGGUGUAGAUGCUUUGGUAGCUCUCAAUUUUCACAAAACCAGGGAAUCAAAGUUUUAUCUGUAUGGAAGUCGCUUGAUAAAUCGGUUUUUGUACUUAGUGUAUGGAGCGAAAGACAUUUUGGAAAGAGGGUGUGAAAAUCUUCACCAAAAAAUCGAGCUGUACCUGGAUGGGAAGCUAGUUCCCCUUCCUGAAAUUGAAGCUGUGAUUAUUCUCAACAUUCCAAGCUGGGGUGGUGGUGUAAAACCAUGGGAAAUGGGAACUCCCGAAAAGAAGUUUUCUGCACAGAGAUAUGAUGAUGGAGUGUUAGAAGUUAUGGGUAUUUAUUCAUCCUUUCAUAUUGCCCAACUUCAAAUCGGCAUGUCUGAGCCUGUUCGUCUUGGUCAAGCAAAAAAUGUCAUGGUCAAACUCCUGGAAAAAGUUCCUGUGCAGAUAGAUGGAGAGCCAUGGAAGCAGCAUCCAGCUGAAAUAAACAUCGUUCAUCACAACCAAGCAACAUUUUUACUCAAUAAUCGUUAA